AUGUCAAACACAACCAUCGCAUCAUGCGUCGCGGGGGCCGCCUUCCUUUACCUCUACCAUGUAAACCGCGCAAUGGUACAGGUCCCUGAGGAGGUGCGCCGUCUUUCUCCUCAUCGCUGGACGGUCGAGGAAAUCAAGGCGGCGUAUGAGAAGGCCGCGGAUUCCCCUGCCGACAUGGCCGGCAGUAUCCCGCCCAAGCAAAACCGACGUUAUAUCGUCACUGGCGGUUCCGGCCUUGUGGGGAACUGGAUUGUGACGCAUCUUCUUACUCGCGGGGAAGACCCCGCUGCCAUCCGAAUCCUGGAUCUCCAGGCGCCGAGUGAUCGCAUCCUCAAUCAGGGCGUAGCAUAUAUCAAGACAAACAUCGUCGACGAAGAAUCCGUGCAGAACGCCUUCUCCGCACCAUGGCCGCAGGCUGUCGCCCAGCAGCCGCUAUCCGUCUUCCACUGCGCCGCGGCGAUCAGGCCCGCAGAGCGACACCGAUGCUUCCUCCCCUUAUGUCGCAAUGUCAACGUACACGGCUCAGUCAACGUGCUGAACGCCGCAAAGAAGUACGGUGCCAGCUGCAUGGUGGCCACAUCGUCAGGCUCAAUCGGCGUCCACCGCGCAUCGUUCUGGAUCCCCCCCUGGAGUAGCGCCCCGCGAAACCUAGCCCAAGUCGUCAGCGACUCGACCCCACUACCCCAAUCGCACGACGAGUUCUUCGGCAACUACGCCGUCGCCAAAGCCGAAGCAGAGGCCAUCAUCCGCGACGCCGACUCCCUCGACGGCAACUUCCGCACCGGCUGCAUCCGCCCCACAAACGGCAUCUACGGCAUCGGCGGCGACACCAGCGCAACCGUCACAGGCCAGUACCUCCGCAGCGGCGGCAGCCCCAGCUGGACCUACGACGUAGUGCACAGCUUCGUCAACGCGGAGAACGUCUCCAUCGCGCACCUGCUCUACGAGCAGCGCCUCAUCGAGCACACCGCCAACCCAACCGCCCUGCCCAACAUCGGCGGCCAGGCCUUCGUCAUCACCGACCCCAACCCCCCCGUCAACUUCGCCGACGUCUACCGUCUCCUCUCCACCCUCUCCAAGUCCCCCUGCUACGCCAUCCUCCAACACAAGUACCUCCCCUGGCUGCUUCCCCGGAUCACGGGCGAUAUGGCCCAGCUGCAGCCUGGGCUGUUUUGCAUCUCCAGUGUGCACACCGUCGGCGACGACUCCCGCGCUCGCAAGUCCCCUGCUCAGGGCGGGCUGGGCUAUUCGACGCCCCUUACUACGCUGGACGGCAUGGCUAAGCAGCUGGAGGAGUGGAACCGGAAUUUGGAGCCCAAGGAUGCCGCUGUUAUUGAAGAGAAAGAUUACGUGAAUGUUAGCUCGGAGGGUGUGGAGGUUAACUUCCCUGUUCCUUCGAAGAAGCUGUGA